AUGCACAUCAACGACCUCCCCUACGAGAUCCUCUCCCAAAUUCUCGACGAAGCCACCAAGCUUAAUGAAAAGCAUGGCGUAACCUUCACCUUCGGCCUGUCCCAGGCGCCUGGCCUGGUGGCAAAGCCGCCCGUCCAGCGCUAUGUCCGCGGGCCCGUUCCGCCCGACAUGCUGCGAUGGGACGCCACCUCGGCCAUCCGCUCGGUGUGCAGCGUCUGGCACGACUGGGGCCUCCAAUAUGCCCUGCGCGACGUCUACAUCCGCAAGUGGAAGGGAGCCGAGCGGUGGGCCGACCUCCCGCUGAGUCGAAAGUCAUACGCCACCUACGAGCUCAUUGACAGGCCUUCGAGCACUCCCUUGUACAGAGACCCCUUCUGCGCACUCAGCAACUUUGGAAAGCUGGUGAACCAGUAUCCUAACAUUGCGCAGCAGAUCCGCCGCAUGUGGUUCAACGGCUUCCAUGUGUUUGACACCAAUGCGCAGAUCUUCGCUGUACUCAAGUGCUGCACCAAUCUUGUGUCGCUGAGCGUGCCCUGGACCAUGGUCCGUCAUCUCGACGCCCACCAGUGGGCCCAGAUUCUGCGAACCGACCACUCCUCCCCCCUCGAGUACCUCGAGCUGCAGGCCAUCACCCUGAAGAACCAGCAGGCCAGAGACCCGGCCAACCAGGUUGACAUGCGUCCCUUCGAGUCCCCGCUCGUCGACUUCAGCCGCCUCAAGAAGUUCAAGCUGAUGGGCAACACCACUUUCAUGCCCAUCACCGACCGAGACCUGUACGACAUCGCACGCACCGCAACCAACCUCGAAGAGUUCCACAUGACCUGCCUCGAUACAGUCAGCAUUGACGGUGUCAUGGCCAUUGUCAAGUCAUCCCAGAACACCCUUCGCGUCCUCGAACACUCCCCCCGGAGCAACGCUGGCUUCUUCCACCCGCACCCCGGCACCCCGUCGUCCAACGAGCACCUCUGCGAGGUCCUUGCCAACUGUCCCCGUCUUACCACCCUCUCCAUCUCCAUCCCGUCCAUGUGCCCCACCCUGUUCGCCAACGCUUCCGUUCGUUGGGCAGGCGACUGCCAGGUCCGUGCGCUUCGUCUCUGCGACCACGACUACUCCAAGGGCAGCAACACGACGCUCAUUGCUGAGCCUCUUGCUGAACUGCUUGCCGAAGCUCGUGGACUGUCCGAGAAGAGAGCCCGUGGUUCUCACGGCGUGGAGCUUACCAUCGAACUUUUCUUCGGCGGCUUCAUCUUCGAGCCACACAUCAAGGCUGUGCACGGCGACUUCCAGAUUGCCGAGGUCGAGUCAGAGGGACAAUGGCCUCGCAGCCACGAGCCUAGCAGGAAGGGUCCGUACGGAAGCACUGGCCUGUACGGCAAGGACGAGGAAGACGUUUUCUCCAAGGUUGACGAGGCCGAAUUCCUCGAGGGAGUCCGCAGGCGCUGCGUCUAUCUCAACUAG